AUGAGCGGGUUCGCAAGGCCAAGCGACGCGAGGCUCUCGGCGUCCGCAGCACGCGCCCUACCCAAUCCCUCUGUGGCGAGCCUGGCGGCCGAAACGACGCGCAGCGCAGCGCUGGCGGGCCGGGCCCGGCGAGCGCCCUUCCCACAGCCGCGCGCUGCUCGCCGCAGCCGCGCGCGCUCGUUCGUCUAGAGAAGAGAGCCGUCCCCUGAAACCCCGCGCCCGCCGCUCUCAUCCGGUGAUUUCCACGCAGCGCAAGAGCCAGUUCAAGGCCGGCAUCUCCGCCGAGGACUCGCGGAGGCGGCGGGAGGAGACGACGAUCCAGAUCCGCAAGUCCAAGAAGGAGGAGCGCAUGAAUAAAAGGCGGCAGGGCGUCCAGCGGCCGGCGCAGGGCCAGACGCCCGCGCAGAUGGACGCGACGGUCGUCCAGAAGCUGGAGCAGCUGCCUAAUCUGGUCGCGGGCGUCCAUAGUAUGGAUCCCUCGGUGCAUUUGGAGGCGACGACGCAGUUCCGCAAACUCUUAUCGAUCGAACGGAAUCCGCCCAUCCAGACGGUCAUCGACGCCGGCGUCGUGCCUCGCUUAGUGCAAUUCUUACAAAAGGACGACGCGCCGGCGUUGCAGUUCGAGGCGGCCUGGGCGCUGACGAACAUUGCGUCCGGGACCUCGGACCACACGCGCGUGGUGAUUGAGGAAGGUGCCGUGCCCAUCUUCUGUAGAUUGCUCUUGUCGCCGAACGAUGACGUGCGGGAGCAGGCCGUCUGGGCUUUGGGGAAUAUUGCUGGUGAUUCUCCCACGUGUCGCGACUUAGUGUUGCGAGAAGGCGCGAUGCAGCCCCUGUUGCAGCAAUUGCAUGAGAAUUCCAAGCUGAGCAUGCUUAGGAACGCGACGUGGACCCUCUCGAACUUCUGCCGAGGCAAGCCGCAGCCCGAGUUCGGGACAGUAAGGCCCGCCUUACCUACCCUAGCACAAUUAAUUUACUCCCCGGACGAAGAGGUCCUGACGGACGCGUGCUGGGCCUUAUCCUAUUUAUCUGAUGGUCCUAAUGAGAAGAUCCAGGCCGUCAUCGAAGCUGGUGUAUGUAGAAGAUUGGUGGAACUGCUCAUGCACCCGUCGCCGUCGGUGCAGACCCCUGCUCUAAGGACCGUAGGCAACAUCGUGACCGGUGAUGAUUUACAGACGCAGAUCAUCAUCAACUUCUCGGCGCUGCCUUGCUUGUUAGCACUGUUAGGUAAUCCCAAGAAGGGUAUCAGAAAAGAGGCCUGCUGGACGAUCAGCAACAUCACGGCGGGUAAUAAGGACCAGAUCCAGUCCGUCGUGGACGCGAAUGUCAUUCCUCCAUUGGUCAAUUUAUUGAAUAGUGCGGAAUUCGACAUCAGAAAAGAGGCCGCGUGGGCCAUCUCCAACGCUACCUCUGGCGGAACCCCGGAACAAAUUAAAUUCCUCGUGAGCCAGGCCUGCAUCCCGCCCCUAUGCGAACUGCUCAGUGUCGCGGACGUCAAGAUCAUCAUCGUAGCGUUAGAGGCCCUAGAAAACAUCCUCAAGGUCGGCGACGCGGAGUCGAAACAAAUGGGCGGCCAUAACUUGAUGGCCAAUCAUAUUGCCGACAGUGAAGGCUUGAAGAAGAUCGAGGACCUCCAGCAGCACGACAACAAUGACAUCUACGAGAAGGCCGUCAGAGUGCUGGAGACGUAUUUCGGAGUUGACGAGGAAGAUGUUAACGUGGCGCCGGAAACGAUCGGCAACAACUUCGCCUUUGGGGUGGCGCAGAACACGCCGCAGAAGGCCUUCGACUUCGGGCCGGGCAUGUAGGUUUUGGUGGAAAUGGUGGUAUUAAGCGGUGCGGCCGAUUGGACGUCGCGUUCCUUCCCCUUCGAGAGAGAACCUGAGAGAGAUCCUAAUACCUUACAGUAUA